CGUCGUCCAACGAGAGCCAUUCGUCUUCCCCAGGCCCAGGAGCCGCGCACGAAGCACGAUGCCCACUUCGACGCUUCCACCGUCGAAUCCACCCCUCGGUCGCGCUCAGCAGCGGGGCUGGGGGAGAGAAAAAUCUAGCUAGCUAGCUAGCUUCCCCUCCCUCUUCCUCGUCUCUGUGCCAAGCCGGGGCAGAGCCGAUCGAGCACGCAAGCGAGAUACUGUACCCUGGGUAAGGGCGAGGACAGGCGCCAUGCUCCACCUGCUCCCGCUCUCCUUCUCCGCCCAGUGCCGGCCGCCGCGCCGCCGCUUCGUCCUCGACGGCGCCUCGUCCCAGAGACCCGGGCCAGGGCUCGGAGCUCUCGGGGGUAGCAUUAGAGUCCGGAGGCGGGCGCUCCGCGGCGGGACCGACGUCCAGCCCGACACCCCCUCCUCGUCGUCGCAUCGGGACGGGGGUGAGCCGCCGCACUCAGAAGCCGGAGAUGGGGACGACGGCAGCGGGGCGUUGCUGGCGUCGGUCAGGCAGCUGCUGCUGGACGACGCGGCGGAGGGGAAAGAGGAGCCGGGGCAGUUCCCCAAGCGCUGGGCCAUCGUCUUCCUCUGCUUCUCCGCCUUCCUCCUCUGCAACAUGGACCGUGUAAACAUGAGCAUUGCCAUCAUGCCCAUGUCCGCCGAGUUCGACUGGAACCCGCAGACCGUCGGCCUCAUCCAGUCAUCCUUCUUCUGGGGCUACCUCCUAACUCAGAUAGCUGGAGGGAUAUGGGCAGACAAAGUUGGGGGGAAGACUGUUCUUGGCUUCGGCGUGAUUUGGUGGUCUGUGGCAACAGCUCUUACGCCUAUUGCGGCAAAGCUAGGCUUGCCAUUUCUCCUUGUUGUGCGUGCUUUCAUGGGAAUUGGUGAGGGGGUUGCCAUGCCUGCGAUGAAUAAUAUCCUUUCAAAAUGGGUUCCUGUAUCAGAGAGAAGCAGAUCAUUGGCUCUAGUAUAUAGUGGGAUGUACCUUGGAUCAGUGACAGGACUUGCAUUUUCCCCAUUCCUGAUACAUAAGUUUGGAUGGCCAUCUGUCUUCUACUCCUUCGGGUCUCUCGGAACUGUUUGGUUCGCGACAUGGGUGACCAAGGCUUAUAGUACUCCACUUGAGGAUCCAGGGAUUAGCGCUGAAGAAAAAAAGCUUAUCACUACUCAAACCACAUCUGGAGAGCCUGUUACAACAAUUCCAUGGAGACUAAUAUUGUCGAAACCGCCUGUUUGGGCUCUUAUUGUUUGUCAUUUUUGCCAUAACUGGGGAACUUUCAUCUUGCUGACAUGGAUGCCUACAUACUACAACCAAGUUCUGAAAUUCAACCUCACGGAGUCCAGUCUUUUCUGCGUCCUUCCCUGGCUAACAAUGGCGAUAUCUGCAAAUGUUGGUGGUUGGAUUGCAGACACACUUGUUAGUAGAGGAACAUCAGUGACCACGGUUCGUAAGAUCAUGCAAUCAGUUGGAUUCUUAGGGCCAGCAUUUUUCCUCACUCAAUUGAGCCAUAUUGAUUCACCCGCACUGGCAGUCUUGUGCAUGGCUUGUAGCCAGGGAACUGAUGCGUUUUCGCAGUCUGGUCUGUACUCGAAUCAUCAAGAUAUUGGUCCUCGAUACGCUGGUGUACUACUUGGUCUCUCCAACACAGCUGGGGUUCUAGCUGGUGUAUUUGGCACAGCAGCAACAGGAUACAUCUUGCAGCAUGGUUCUUGGGACGAUGUCUUCAAAUUGUCUGUCGUUCUGUAUCUUAUUGGGACUGUGGUGUGGAAUGUAUUUUCAACUGGCGAGAAAAUCAUCGAUUAAUAUGUGUAUUAUAUCCUGCUUACUGCUCACAACGACAGAGACACCUCGAUCGACAACUUAUUCCUGCUAGUAGGUGCCACCCUUCCUGGACAAGUGGACAUAACCAUUCUUGGUGUGCAGCUGAAAAUUACUGGAAAGAAAGCAAGCAGCAGACUGCCAGCUCUUAGGUGGUGCUGAGCAUAUGGCCCGCAACAGGGGAAGUAUGUACAACUGAAACCCCGCGACACGAGAAGUACGUGCCAUUCAAACUCCAGAAAACUCAGGACCUCGAUUCGCAGAUAUAUCAUGGGUUGAGCUUAGGAAUGCGCAGCGGCCAGAUGUAUACUGUGCAAGUGAUUAUAGGUAUCCUGUACAUAUUCAUCAUACCCCGUAGCGUUUUUGACUUGCGAAUCUCUUUUUUUUUUUUUGUUGAAUAGCUUAUUUCUGUAACAAAUCAUUCGGUUUCCUGAUUAGGUCAGGAUAUUACUAACAAAAUGCAACGAUUUUUUAUGAAUAUGUACCAGUUAAGUUCUGAAUAUAGUAAAGUUCCAUUUCUACCA